AUGCCCUCGAGUUACAAUGUGAGAUCCAGGGCGAGGGAGAGAAACAACGUCCUGGGGAGACCUGAGUUCAUGUCCCUGAACCAGCCGCCCAUAAGAAGCGGAGGCCCAUCUGAAAGCCGAGGCAGUACAAGGCGAGCCGGUCAAAUCAAACACCAAACAAGCCAGUCAUGUGAAGAACCUACCGACAGCGGCAGCAAGGACAGAAGAGAGUCCGGCAAAAUGCCAGAGGAAGACUGUAUGCAGCUGAACCCUUCAUUUAAGGGAAUAGCGAUGAACUCCCUCCUCGCCAUUGAUAUCUCUCUGUCCAAGCGCAUGGGGGUGUGCGCCUACACGUCGUCCUCCUGGGGAGGCUGCCGCUCCAUGGUCGGCCUGUUAGCACUUACAGGGCACGGCAUCACGUGGAUCAUUGGCACCAUAGUGUGUCUCACGAGAAGUAACACUCUGGCUGGGCAAGAGGUCCUGGUCAACCUGCUGCUUGCCCUCAUCCUUGACGUCAUGACUGUGGCUGGGGUCCAGAGACUGGUGAAGCGCAGAGGACCCUGGGAGAUGAUGCCAGGCUUCAUGGACUGUGUCGCCAUGGACAUGUACUCCUUUCCUGCUGCACAUGCCAGCCGGGCUGCCAUGGUCUCCAAGUUCUUGCUGUCCCACCUGGUCCUGGCUGUGCCACUUCGCAUCCUGUUAGUGCUCUGGGCCUUCCUGGUGGGCAUUUCCCGGGUGCUGCUGGGGAAACACCAUCUGACAGAUAUGGUGUGUGGCUUUGCUCUGGGCUUGUUCCACUUUAGUUUGAUGGAGACAGUGUGGCUCUCAUCAAACACCUGCCAGACUCUUAUUUCCAUAAGCACCUUCAGCUGGAGCCCAUUUUUCUGAGCUUUUGAUAUGAUGAUAGAACACAGGGCUCAUUUGAUACUUGCAAUGUCAAGGACUAAGGUAGUUAUUUUUGCAAGGGUCAGAUUAUUGCAGGUUGUGAACAGAGAAGCAUUAAUAUUUGGAUGCAGAUGUUAGCUUGCAUGUAAUGCCUAAGACACAUCAGGCUUUAAAAAUUCUAGCAUCUCCAGUCAAACUCACACGCAGCUAAACUCCUUCCUCAUUUCAAUUACAAUAAGUACUAACAAUAAAGGCAAAAUUAAGGCAACUGCAAACUGACAAUGAUUUAAUGAAAAUGUGCAUAAAUAGGAAGAUCGAGACUUAGAUUUUAUACGGUCUAUUCUAAUUCUUCUUGUGCUUCUUCUUCUUUACUACUUUACUUCUUUGUAUGUUACCUCUUCAUCUUCUCCCAGUUUUUUCUUUGAAUAUUUGUGCUUUUAAUUGAGUUUUCAUUGGCAAGUAAGAUAGUGAAAUACUUGAAUAGUGUUGAGCACUGGAUAUAGUUUGGUGUAGGGCUGUAAUAUUGGAUGUAGCACUAAAACAUAUAAGGUAAUUGUUGUUUGGAUAUUCCACAUUGUUUCUAAUUGGCAUGGCUAUUACAAUAUGUUUGUAUCUUCCUGGUGGGAUUCUGUUCUUUAAACUGUACGUUUAUCAAAUAUGAACUUAUUUUAGAUUAUGCUGAAUUUAGCUGUUUGUGCCACACUUGCACAGAAUUUAAUAUUUUUCUUAUAAGGUUAAAUGUAAUUUCCUACAAUUUAUUCUCUAAUGAGUUUAAAAAUGUUUUUAUAUACAGUACAUGUAUCUCUUCAGUGCUUCACAUUAGCCAAACUGAUGUUUAAGAUUUGUUCGUCAAUGAUACUGAUUAUGUGCCCCACUAAAGAACUGUGUAUGGAUGCCAACAUAUGAAACAAUGAAACAAAAAUAUCUUUCUUUUUUCAAUUUAGUCAUAAUUUCUCUUCUUAAUGUGUCAUUGAUUGACUAUGAAACCAAACCAGCAGUUUAUUUUGUUGGGUUUUUUUGUGCCAAAACUAUUUCAAUGCAUCGGUUUGGUGUGUAAAUACAGUUUUGUGUACAUUAGCUUAGUUUAUUAUGUAAAAGUAUAUCAUGUUUUUACUUCUGUUUUUCCAUCUCAUUAAUAAACCGAGAUGCUUUGUCA